AUGCAGAGACUUACAGCGGUCAUUAAACCUCACGCCUUCCUCCAGCGGCUGCCGAGAAGCAUGAGGGUUUCUGUCAGAGGUUUCCUCGCCACCUCAGAGGGAGUAAUAAAAAAGGUCCAUAGGUCAGAACGAGCAGAGAAACAAAUACUCAGCGGGUUAGAGAGCAGCGUCUGUCCAGAGAUCUCCACCAGCAGAGCUGCACCACCCUCCUCCUCUACAGGAGUGGGCAUACUGAAGGGGGGCGAGAGGAACACCCAGAGCAGCUCCAUUGGGGCCGUGCGCUGGAACCUGCCCGAGGAGGACGUGCAGAUCCACAGCUCGGCCCCGAGCAGAGCCGCCAUCAACCUCACUCACCGCUCACAGCAACACCCUCGUCAGAACAGCCUGAAGGAUCUGCGCAGCCUGCAGGAGUGUGUGCAGUUCAUCCAUCACUGGAAGGAGCAAGUGGACAAAGUCUGCAAGCAGGGCGGGGGGGAUCCACACGAGGGUCCCAGUGAUAAAGAAGCCCCGAGUGCAGACAGCCGUACUGAGCGCAGCCUGGAGGAGAGUAUGAAGCUGAUCCUGGAGUGGGCCGACGAGCUGCACCAUGUCGACAAGUUCCUGAAGGAGAUGCCCUCGGCGUUGGAGAGUGAAGAAAAUAAGAAGGAUUUCAAGGAGGAGCCACAGAUGAGGAUCAUGGAGUGGGCGAAGGAGCUGCAGACAGCCACUGAGAGUUGUGGUGUGCCGAGCGAGGAGCUGGGCAGAGUGCUGAGUCAGCUCGGCCUGAAGAAGAAGCGUCUGGGGAACCUGCUUCCUCUGCUGGAGUUCAUCACCUGGUCCCUGCUCAGAGAAGACAGCACGAAAAUGAUUCCACAGCUAUGGUUACUGGCAAAACAAAGGACCUGGAAAGCUGGGAUUUCAAGAUACAUCCCCAACUCAGUCUGGAAUUGGAUUUGCAGCGCAGCAGCUGAUGUGAUCCUGGACCCCAUGACCAACCACCCCUGGCUGCACAUGUCGGAGGACCAGGUCCAGGAGGGUCUUUCUGAGGCCGAGCUGCCUUUCAGCCCCCAGCGCUUCGACAGCUGGCCCUGCGUGUUGGGGUGGGAGGGCUUCAGCAGCGGGCGCCACUACUGGGAGGUGGACAUAUCCAAAAAUGGCUUCUGGCGUCUCGGAGUGACCACCGCAGACUCCAAGCGUCUCGGCCGGUUCCCCAUGACCCCCAAGGAGGGCUACUGGGUCCUGUGGCGCAGCAACAACAACUUCUACGCCUGCACCAAGCCGGAGAGCGCUCUGCCCGUCGGCAUGGUGCCCAAACGGAUGGGGGUGUACUUAGACUAUGAGGAGGGCCAGAUCUCCUUCUACAACGCAGAGAAAAAGACCCACAUCUACACCUUCACUGGGAGCUUCAGGGGGAAGCUGUACCCUCUGUUCGCCCCGCUGGGGGGCCGCACUGUGCUGAGGAUCGUCCAUAAUACAGCUACUGGGAGAGCUUCUUUGGUGGAUUCAUUGUAACUUAAUGGAAAAGUUGGUUUUUUGGGGGGGAUUUGAUUGACCUUCUAUGUUGCUUUAAAUAGUUGCUGUCAAAUAGUGAUACGCAAACUACGACUGAUCUAUAUCAAAGUGCUCAUGAUGCUGUAAAUAGAUUUAUCUGAUUAUAGCAUUAGAAAAAUCUGCAAUGACAU